AUGGAUUGGGUCGAUUCUUUUGUACCAAAUGAAUGCCAAUGGAUGCCAUUUUACUUCGAAAAUGACAUUGAGAACAUUGACGACAAAAAGGCGCCGUUUGUUCCUCUUACCCACGACGUCUGUGUACAAUUUGUCGACUUUAUGAACCUCAGCAAGGAUGACAUACUUCUCGAUAUGGGAUGUGGAGACGGUCGCAUACUUAUACAAAGUUUGUUGGCAAGUGAGUGUAAAGAAGGGUAUGGUAUUGAUAUAGAGCCGGAAGCCAUUCAACGCGCCGAAACCAAUAAAGUGCGCAGCCAAUGUCAAAAGCCACUUCACUUAGUGUGUGGUGACUUCUUUACGACCAAAGAAAUUCCUUGGGAUAAGAUCACUGUAGUCUCUCUUUAUCUACUUCCAGAAGUCCUCGACUUGCUUUACCCACUUCUCGAAGAAAAACUUCACCACACAACUCUAUACACUGCGGUAUUCCCUUUUGGAGAAAAUACAAAAUUUGGUGUCCACGAACACACGCCAUUUCCCGAUUUCUACAAGUACAAAUUCUGA